AUGAUGUGGGAUUAUUAUGAACUUUGCGAAGAAGACAGCACAAAGGCAAUAUGUGUUAUAUGCAAGACUAUAAUUUCGCGAUGUGGUACCGGCAACUCAGCGACUACUUCAUCCCUAGUGAAACACCUGCGUCUCGUUCAUCCGGUGGAACACAGUGAAUACAAAACAAAUAUUGCUGUGAAAAAGAAUGAAGUUUCAUCACAAAAACUUCAUGCUGGUAACAGUAGGGGUAGUUGUGGCGUGAAGAGAAGUGGUCCAAGUGGAUUCCAAAAAAGGAAGAUACAGAAGGCAAAGACUAAGGAGGCCGAAUUACUAGCUGGAUCGCUGUUGAAAUAUGUCACUGAAAAGAGACACACUAACCAAAACGAAGAAACUCGCGAAGAAAGUAACAUCGAGGAGUCAAGUCGGGAUAGUAAUGAAGAGAUUUUAUGCGUCGAAAACCUGUGCCCUGUUGAAGAGGAGAAGGAAGAAGGAGAAACGAGCUCUUGUUCAGAACCAAAAAGAGGAACCAGUUUUGAUUAUGAAUUCUUAGAUUCCAAUGAUGCUGCGAACUGGCCAAUGCCCUUACCAGAUCACUUUCGAAUUGAGAUUAUUAAGCAAGGCCAUAGAGAGGAUUCUUCAUCAGAAAACAGAGGUAAUUUCAUAGAAUUAGUGAAAAUGAUGGCAAAAUACGAUCCCGUAUUGAGUGAGCACUGGUCAAAACUUCAAGAAGCUGCAGGUGGAUCGCGAAGAGUACCUUCUUAUUUAUCGAAAGGUAUCCAGAAUGAAUUCAUUUCUAUUUUAAGUCAUCACGUAAAACAGAAAAUUAUUGAUGAUAUAAAAAACUCUAAAUAUUUUGGAAUUAUGUUUGACAGUACUCCAGACGAGAGCCACACCGACCAAAUGAGUGAAAUAAUAAGAUAUGUCCAUAUCGAAGAAGGAGCUGUGGAAGUUCGGGAGUCUUUCUUAGGUUUCUUUGCUAUGUCAGGAAAGACGGCAAGUGAUAUGUCAAAUGAUAUCCUAAAGCAGCUAGAGAAAGAUGGGUUAGACAUUCAACUUUGUAGAGCUCAGGGCUACGAUAAUGCCGCCUCAAUGUCUGGUGUGCAUGGACGAGUCCAAAGGAAAAUCCGAGAUAUCAACCCUAAAGCAUUAUUUAGUCCUUGUGCAAAUCACUCAUUAAAUCUUUGUGGUGUACAUUCCUUCGCAUGCGUCCCUUCAAGUGUAACCUGUUUCGGCACUUUAGAAAAAUUAUAUUCAUUCUUUUCUGUUUCCACCCACAGAUGGGAAAUACUGACACAAAAGGUUGGAAAAACUUUGAAAAGAUUGUGUGAUACACGCUGGAGUGCUCACCAUGAUUCCGUUAAAGCAGUCAGACAAAAUGUAGAACAACUGAUCCAUACGUUGGAAGAAAUGUGUGAUCCCUCGAAAGAAAAUUUGGACACUAGGUCUGCAGCAAGCGUACUACUUCCUGCAAUAUGUGACUUCACAUUCUUAUGCUACUUGGAGUUCUGGAAUAUGAUUUUGGAAGAAGUUAAUCACACCCAAAAAUAUUUACAAACACCUGAAAUCACACUUGACAUGGGUUUGACAAAAAUGAAGGCACUGCAAUUGUUUCUUGUCGAGGAAAGAAAUACGCUGGUCAAUACGGCUAUACAAUUUGGCACGCACAAAUGUAGAGAAAUGAGCAUAGAUAUUGACAGACGUGGCCGACGAAAAGUCAAAAAGAAUCUACCCGGAGAAACUACAUCUGAUGCUGGCUUAAAUUUGCAAGAGGAAGUUCGCAGGUCUAUGUUUGAGUGCUUGGAUAGAUUUAUUCAAGAAUUGGCUACAAGAUCCACUGCUAUGGAAAACAUAUCUAGCACCUUCCAUAUUGUACAAUCAAAAUUCCUGAUAGAAGCAUCUACGGAAAAUGAACUUGAACAGGCCAUAGAAGCACUCAACCUAGUCUAUGGUGACUUUGUCAAGGAAGAAGUAUGCAAAGAAGUAUACAGAUUGCGAAGACAUGUGAGCGCAACUGGUACUGCAAUGGAGGAAGCUGCUUCUUGGAAUGCCAAAAAAAUGUUUGAAUUUAUUAUUAAAUGGGACUUUACCGAAUCCCUUCCCAACAUAUGUUUGAUACUUCAGUAUUUCCUAACAAUUAGUGUAUCAGUGGCGUCAUGCGAAAGAAGUUUUCCAAAACUAAAAUUAAUCAAAAACUAUCUAAGAUCAACCAUGACUCAAGAACGACUGGCUAGUCUGGCUAUUUUGUCCAUCGAAAGAAAAGCAGCUUCGGUUUUGGAUUUUGAUGACGUAAUUAAUAAAUUUAGUGUAUUGAAAGCCAGAAAACAUAAUUUGAAAUUAGUAUAG